AUGGCCGAUGCUGCUGAGUGCGGUGUAAAAGUGAUGUGCCGAUUCAGGCCUUUGAAUGAAUCCGAAACCAACAGAGGAGACAAAUACAUCCCGAAAUUCAAAGGCGAAGACACGGUGGUAAUAACGGUGAGUAAAUCUUAAUAAUUUGAUAGAUAGAUAUACACCUAAUCUUCAUGGUGUAGUCUACAAAGCCAUGAUUCACAGGUGCCUAAAUUCACUCAAAUUCAGUCUGACAAAAGAAACGGUGAUGUGCAAGGUGAUCAUAAACAUUGUUUUAUAAGAAUUAAUAUAUAGGCGGUUAAUGGGCAUUUGUUGGGAAGAAUAAUGGUGGAAAUGCCAAAUAGAGGGACCAAUAUUUUCAUCAAAUUUUUUUUAUAUGCCAUUUAGCAGACACUUUUAUCCAAAGCGACUUACAGUCAUGUGUGCAUACAUUUUUACGUAUGGGUGGUCCCGGGGAUCGAACCCACUACCCUGGCGUUACAAGCGCCAUGCUCUACCAAUUGAGCUACAGAGGACCACAAUGAUUCCUGAACUCUGCUAUCAAUGGAAGCAUCUCUCCAAAUUGGGUCUGGAUGGUUCAUAAUCGAGCCUGUCAACAUGAUCGAGCUAUAGCUGCGUAAUUACCCAUGAUGUAUGCUUGUUGUCAAUCUGCCAAACAAGCAAGAUAGGACUCUGAGUGUUUAUCUAGACAUCAUUUAUUCAGGUUGCCUAGUAGUGGUCACAGAAUGGACGGUAUAAUUCACACCUUUCCCCCAAGGGUCUGCCGGUCUGUAGACUGUCAGUGUGUGCUGUCAUCAAUGGCAUUACCAACCUACUAUGUCACGUUAAAUUGAAUUAAAUAUAACCAUCUUCGGCUGUAGAUGAAAAUGAACUUUCAUUGAAAGUUCGUUGUCUCUUAUGCUUAGUCAUUUCAAUGUCAUUACAUUUCCAUCCUGAUGAGAAAGCUAUGAUCUCAUAGCCUAUAGCAGAACAAGAAGAAUUCCUUAAUGUCCCUUCAUCUUUUUUGCAUAGUCACUUUACCCCUACCUACAUGAACAAAUUACCUUGACUAACCUGUACCCCUGCACAUUGACUCGUUACCAGUACCCCCUGUAUAUAGCCUCAUUAUUGUUAUUUUAUUGUUACUUUUUUUUAAUUAAUAUUAUUUUUACUUUAGUUUAUUUAGUAAAUAUUUUCUUAACUCUAUUUUCUUAAAACUGCAUUGUUGGUUAAGGGCUUGUAAGUAAGCAUUUCACGGUAAGGUCUACACCUGUUGUAUUAGGCUCAUGUGACAAAUACGAUUUGAUUUGAUUUGAUCUCAAAGGUUAUUCAUUUGAAGGUGAAUCAUAAAACAAGCUCGCUGAAAGAACAAAUAAAAGUCUUAUAUUGUCAGUACAUGGAAGAAAAUGAAAACACUGGCUCAUGUUUGAAAUCAGAAUGAGAAGUGACUCCUUUGUAGUGGCCACCCUAAAUCAAGGUUUGAUUAUAUUGCUACUACAGCUAGAGGCUCCCAGCAUGAGGCCAGUCAGUCUCCAUGAGUGGAGCCCAUUACAGGGGAAACAGUCUGGUUUGUCUUAGUUUGGCCUGUCUAAACCCAUAGAGACGUCAUCAUUGACCGGACAGUAAUUGGAAUGGAAAACCUAUGUCCUGCCAGGGAGGGGAAGGCAAAAGAGAAAAUGGCCGUCAGAAGAGAGAACUGCUGGCUGAGUGAGUUUAAGUAGCGUAAAUAAGGACUGUUUUUCACCGGUAAUGGGAAAAGGGAGGGGGAGGGCAAGAAGCUGAUUGAAGCAUUACCUAGGACAUCAGACGUGUGUGUGUGUGUUUGUGCACAUGUUUAAUUUCCCAGUUAGUGUUGGAAUAGAGCCUGUGUUGGACUGAUCGUAUUAUGCUCAGGAGGAUUUGUGCAGGUAGUCAGUGUGUCUCGUUUGCCGUUGUCUGAGUUCUCCCAGGCUAAGCUGUGCUGUGAAGUACACAAAGUCAGCAUACCUAUUUCCUCAGUUCUGCCACCAGCCCGCUCCUCUCCCAUAUGCUAGCAGCAUCCUAGCUGUGCCCCUCUUCCUCCUCCUCCUCCUCUUCCUCAGCCUGGGAGGAAUAUACAACGAUCAGUGCCAGGGCAUGUUCACUGAUCUCUAGCUCAUCUUAGGCUGAAAGAUGACAGCAGUAAAACACCCAUGAUGUUUAUUAUUUGACUGAAGAAAUUGAUGACUAGACUUACAGUACAUCAUGUUACUGGAAACCCAGUGAUCAUUGCUCACACACUGCAUGCUUCUGCAAGAACAGAUGCUCAGUGGAAAGUAUAGGAAGGUGAUAGGCCUGGUCAUACUCAGUGAGAGUUUCACACGCACAGAGGGUUACGAUCCUCAACAGUGCAGCACCUGUCCAUGUUUGUAUUUGGAUAAGAACCUCAGACCUCAAUGAAAUGUUGAAAUGUUUUGCAUUACACACUUGGGAUUGGAAAAAAAAAAUAGAUAGUUACAUAUCGAGAUAUUAUUUUUGACGAUAUAUCGUAUCAUUUUGACAAUAUCGCAAUAUUAUAUUUGCGCUAGUUUGCUGUAGCUGCACCAACACUCCAGUAUUUUUCCUUCAUAGCUUGUUCUCCAUCUUAUUUUUAAUCAGGAGCCCAUUUGUUUUCAGAACUCUUAUUUCCAUGACUGAUCAAAACUCAUUUUCUCAUGGCUCUCUCUUGUCCCUCUGCAGCAGACAUACGGUGAGCAAUAUGUUUAAUAAAAAGCAUGAGCUGGCGCACACCCAGAGAACAUCCUUUAGUGUAGAGGUGCUGACCAAUGGAGAAUAAACUGUAAGCUACAAAAACUAAAUAAAGAGAGUCGUACACUCUAUGUAUAAACUCCCAGUAAUUUAUUGGGUAAGAAACCACCAACGUUUCGGCACCACUGUGCCUUCUUUAGAUCAAAUCGCAAUAAAAUCAAAGUAUCGAAUCGCAACACGUAUAGAAUCGUGAGAAUCGCAAUACAUAUUGUAUCGUGAUAAUAUCGUAUUGUGAGGUCCCUGGUAAUUCCCAGCCCUAUUACACACCCUUAUGUUGAGGCUUAUAGCGAUCUGUGAUUUUUUUUUUCAUAGGUUAGAAUAUCUAGCUAAAUGUCCCCUCCCUGCUAUUGUUCCAAGUUAUUGGGUUAAUCAUCACAAAAUUUAAGCUGGAGGAUCGGAUCCAACAUGAACAGUUGUAACAAACUGUGGACACAGUAGCUUAACACAUGCACAUAUAUUAUAGGCCUACUGUGACUGCAUUUAACUAAAUUCCCCACAUUAUGGGCUGUUAAAUAAUGAAUCAGAAUGGAAGGCAGGUUCUCUUUGUGCCGACACGUCAGCCGUUAGUGUUUGCCUUAGCCCAGGGGAAGGUGUGGGGGUAUGGUUGCAUAAGGCCAGACCAGACAGAGGAACAUUAAUGCAUGGAUCGUUUGUAAAGGGGGCCCCAUGGGGGUUCAGUAUGAAAAAUGUAUGCACUCACUAAUUGUAAGUCGCUCUGGAUAAGAGCAUCUGCUAAAUGACAAAAAAUAAAAAUAAAAGGUAACCCACACAAACACACACAUUUAGGCCUACUCUUGUUCUUUCUGUCUGUUACACUAAAUCAGAUAGAUAGAUUAAGAAAUAAAUUACAUAUUUACUAGAAGUCUAGAGUAGAUCUACAUAUCAUGCAAAAUAAAGCAAUGCACCAUGUAAUCCUCUUAUUCUUGCCCUGACAUUUAGAGGUAUUGAUUUGCAGCUUCAUUUCCAUUGUGUAACCUACAGUAGUCUAAUUGCUUAUCAGAGAGAAGCUGAUGAUUUCAUGCACAUAAUUACAAAGCUUCAAACAGCCUUACACCAGUCGCGAAAUAAAUAGGGAAAUAAAAAUAACUUGAAUGAUUAAACAGAUACAGAGGAUAUACACUGAGUGUACAAAACAUUAGUAGCACCUUCCUAAUAUUGAGUUGAACCCCCUUUUGCUCUCAGAACAGCCUCAAUUCGUCGGGGCAUGGACUCUAGAAGGUGUUGAAAGUGUUCCACAGGGAUGCUGGCCCAUGUUGACUCCAAUGCUUCCCACGGUUAUGUCAAGUUGGCUGGAUGUCCUUUGGGUGGUGGCCCAUUCUUGAUACACACGGGAAACUGUUGAGCGUGAAAAACACAGCAGCGUUGCAGUUCUUGACACACUCAAACCGGGGAGCCUGGCACCUACAACCAUACCCCGUUCAAAGGCACUUAAGUAUUUUUGUCUUGCCACUUCACACUCUGAAUGGCACACAUACACAAUCCAUGUCUCAAUUGUUUCAAGGCUUAACAAUCCUUCUUUAACAUGUCUCCUCCCCUUCAUAGCUUUCACCUGGAUUCACCUGGUCAGUCUAUGUCUUGUUUUGUACACUCACUGUACAUUCUGGGAGAAAUCUCAAAAUCCUCAUACUUUUUGAGGCUUGGGGGCUCAGCUGUGUGUAAUAUAUUUUUUGUGACUCUCAAUUAGAGAGAGCAUUAAAUUGCCUGUGAAAUCUUUAAUUGGAAAAAGCACAGCAAAACACCAUUUAUGAUUGUGUCCCUUUGAUUUUGUUUGAUCCUGUGCAUGAUUGGUUGUCAAAGUUCACAUACAGAGAUCUUUAUCAACAUGUUGCCCAUAUAAGAUCUGUGAUGUGCUGCAAUAAGGUUUACCUCUCAAUCUCUGUUUAUUUUGUGUGGGGUGGAGGUGAACACAUGAACAUAUGGUGGUGGGGGUGAAACCAUUAACAUAUGGGGGUGGGGCAGGAUUGGCUUUGGUUGAGACAUUCAAGUCACAGAUUUAGACAAAGCCCCACUACAGAAUUCAACGGGGAAGGUGCAUAAAGAUGGAGGAAUUCAGAUAUGACGUCAUUGUUUUUAGCACUACCCACAGAGUUCUUAAACUACGGUGUGCGACAUGGAUAAAUGUGUGUGCCAGUAAAUCAGCACAAUCUCGUCUUUUUUCAAAUUCCCGCCUUUGGAACUCAAAUUUGGAUCAUGUAUACUGUGCUAAUUCCGAUACAAAAAAACAGUAACAGAAAGUAAUGUACAAUACAGCAAAUUUAGUAAACAAGACAUUUGUGGUAAGUACAUGGGGGCCACCAUCUUUAUGCACCUUCGCCAUUGUGCAUUUUCACCUUGCCCAAAUUCAGUUUUAUACGAGUAGUAAUGGUGUUUGACACCAUGUUUGUCUAUACAAAUCAAAUACAAUUUUAUUUGUCACAUGUGCCGAAUACAAUGGGUGUAGACUUUAGCGUGAAAUGCUUGCUUACUGCGAGCCCUUCCCAACGAUGUAGAAUGAAAAAAAUUGUAACACACGCUAUAUACAGGGAGUACCAGUACCAGAUCAAUGUGCAGAGGUACGAGGUAUUUGAGGUAGAUACAGUUUGUACAUGAAGGCAGGGUAAAGUGAUUAGACAUCAGGAAGAUAGAUAAUAAUAAGAGUAAAAUCAAAACAGAGUAGCAGCAGUGUAAAAGUAUGAGUGUAAAAGUAUGAGUGUAAAAGUGUGUGUGCGUGUGUGUGUGAAUCUGUGUUUGUGUUGUAUCAGUAUGCGUGUGUGUGUGUAUGUGCAUAUGUAGUGUAUGUGGAUGUGUGUGGGUUUUGUGUGAGAAUAUCAUUGGAGUGUGUGUGUGAGUGAGUGUGUAUAUAGUGUGUAUAUACUGUACAUGUAUAGUCUUGUGAGUGUGCAUAGAGUCAGUGCAGAUAGUCCAGGUAACCAUUUAAUUAACUAUUAGCAGUCAUAUCAUGGCUAUUUAGCAUUCUUAUGGCUUGGGGGUAGAAGCUGUCUUUCAUGGACAUUGCACUGAACAUGUUACUGUCUGCUCUCUCCAGCAGCACUGGUUUAAGUUGACAUCCUUAUUGAGGCUGUGCAGGACCUCUAAGGCUUAUGAUACAUUCGUGAUACAAUCAUAGUUGCAUGGUAUUUUAGACACAACUUACUACUAUAGCCUCAACCUGUUUUAGACAAACAUAUACAGUACAUCACUUAUUUAUUAAUGUGCACAACAAUUAUGUAUUAGACUACAAUGCAUAGUGUACUUAUUAAGGGAAUAGUGUUUUUACAGUAUUAAGCAAACAAGCUCAGCCUUGUUUCAGUUCUAUUGCUGUCUCUGUGUGUACUUAAAGAGGUGAAAUAUAGCUGUGUCUUUGUUUGGUUGAGAAACAGGGCCGCGGCUGGAGCGAUGCGAUGCAGCUGGGUCUCUUGGGUAAUUUUGUUUCCAUGACGAUGUAUGCUGGAUGUCAUUAGAGAUGAUUGAAAGGGGAGCAGGAGGUCCCAGGCUAGAGUCAUCGUCACCAAUUACAAACACACAGACCUACACAUGCGUACAAUGCAUAAAAAACCCUUUACAAAUACAGUCACACAUGCUCGCUCUCUCUCGCUCUCUCUCGCUCUAUCUCUCGCUCUAUCUCUCGCUCUCUCUUUGUAUUAGGUUUGCUAUACAGUACAAGAGCUCUCAUGUUGCCUUAUAGGUAACACAAAGAAGUUAGGUACAGUAUACUCUGCUAAAAACAUUCCUAGUCAGGUGGUCUUCCACCAUAGUGAUGUGCACACAGUGAGAGCAUGUUCAUUUAAUAAUGCCUGAACUGAAUCCUUUGUCAGGGAUGGAAACAUCAUGCAGCCCAGAAGAGCAAAGGUCUUGGCUUCCUUUGGGACAGCACAUAAAUUAUUGAGAGGUCAAACGUGUGUGUGUGCGUGCGUGCGUGUGUCCAUUUGCGUGUCUGUGUGUCCACGCAUCAUUUAUUGAGCUUGUGGAAUAGUGUAUGUGUGGUCACAUGCGUUUGUAAAUCGUGCAUACUGCUGCAAUACUGCUAUGGGUUUUCCAUUUGACUUUCAAGCUUGGCUGAGGUAAUGCUCAUAAGUCAUUUAGAACACAUGGAGUUUAUUGAGCUGAGGUGAAUUUAUGGUAUGGUACAAUUUAAUUCCAUAUUGAAAUUCCAUAUUGACUAACCUGUACCCCCGCACAUUGACUCGGUACCAGUACCCCCUGUAUAUAGCCAAUUUUUUUAAUUUUAAAUUUUUACUUUAGUUUAUUUAGUAAAUAUUUUCUUAACUCUAUUUCUUGAACUGCAUGGUUGGUUAAGGGCUUGUAAGUAAGCAUUUCACGGUAAGGUCUACACCUGUUGUAUUCGGCGCAUGUGACAAAUACAAUUUGAUUUGAUUUGAAACGUUCGCGUAAAAAGACAUUGAAAUUGUUGAGAGUUGAGAGUGGCUACCUUGUCUCUUUGAGAUUUUUGGUGGCAUGAUAACCUUUAUAAAACACACAAGCAGUGUCUUACAAUUGCUCAAAGGAUCUUGCUGAACAAGAGAUUAAGACAUAGCAGACCGCCUUCCUGUCAGCGAGAGAGAGAGAAGUGUGCAGCACACAACAGCAAUCAUGUUUCCAUCCUCCUCCUCCUCCAUCUGCCGAGGGACACCUGGAGCCGGCCGACAUCCAAUCAGUGCAGGCCUCUCACUGUGGGAUGCAGUUUCCAUGGCGACCAGGGUCAUUGUUGGAGCGACAGCUCUCUCUCUUUAACGCUGUUCGGGUUGACCCCUUGCCUGCGCUAUAAAGGCCUGGAAGCCCUCUGUCAGAAAGCUGGUCCAGAACAAAGCAAGACAAAGAUAAAACAAGCCGCUUAAUAUCCUCCUUGGGUUGGGCUUGAAUCAAGCUGGACCACACACAGAUACACAGGUGGUAGUGGCAGAUAAUGUAUGUGGUCUUUGUUUUCACUGGACCUGGCUAUCACUGUCACAUUGCCCCAUGUCUGUUUCGUAUUGAUUGAUUCCUUAUUGUCUUUUUCUCCAUAAAUUCAGUCGGUCAUGUGUGAUAGGAAAAUAGUGUGGUAGGAAAACAAAGGAUGGAGGGGAGACAUUUUCAAGACAAGAUGGUGUUAUGAAUGUUUUAUAACUGCUGUGUAGGAUGUACAGCACGUGGAUUCACGUGUCCAUCUGUGUGUAUGCCAUUAAUGCCUCUGUGUGUUUGUAUGUGCGCUAGAGUUAGAAGUGCUGCAGUCAGCAGUACUAUCCCUAAAAUAUUUUAAUCUUGGACAGUGGACAACCAGGUCAGACUGAUCUCAAACCCAUGACUUCAGUUGAACAAAGAAGAGACCUGGGAUGAUAUACCAGCAGAAUUGAUGGCUCUUAGAAUGGGAGGUUCCUCCUUGCUAAAAGUGGGUCUACUCACCCUGGGGCAUUGAUGGAAUGAGGUGGGGGUGGGAUUCAACUAAAGGUCAUAUGCAUAUUCCCCUCAAGCAAUGGGGUUUCUAGCUAUCCUCCAGAGUCCCGGGUUUCAUCAAAGCCAUUGAAAAAAUAUAUACCAGAACAAGAGUGGAUGUACCAUGUAGCUAGAAUGCUAAAACACUCUUGUCUAGCUUGUUAGUCAGCAUAGUAGCUUAAAUUGAUAGAAAGUCGGUAAACAAAAUUACAAACAAAUUAGAUAUUGGACAACUGGAGAUAACUCGCCCCAAAAUUUGACUGAAAACUAAAUACAGUAGAAUUUCACAGAAUAACUUGAGCCCAUAGGGAGAGAUGGGCUGGUGUGCUGGCUGUUACACUCCACUGUGUCCGACUAGUUUAGGAAGACUACACUACCCAUAAUUCCCCCGUGGCCGGCUACAGCCAGCUGUCAGGGAGACUAUAGGAACAUCAGGGCUGCCUUGCCGUGAUGAAACGCUUCUACUAAACUGCACUGUCACGCAACUUAGCUAGGAGAGUAAAACGUUAAUGAGUUCUGAAUGCUCUCCUUCUGUCUACCUACACUCUGGGGCAGCCAAUGUUCCAUACAGUGGCACAGAACCACUUGGAAUUCCAAUUGAAAGCAGUGUUUCUCCUAUAAUUUUUUUCAGCAGCGGUGGCAAAGUUAGGUUGGGGGAGGGUAGUGGGAGUGGCCAACAGCGCCAUCUCCAACCAAUAUUUUUAGAUGACCUACUCUUGGCCCGCACAGACAAAAUGUUGCUGUUUUAAAGCUAAUUUUCUGCAAUUCUACAAAUUUUGCCAUGGUGGGAGAGACUUUUAUAGUUUUAAAGCUAGUUUCCUGCAAUUCUACACUUUUUGUCAUGGGGCAAAAAAAAAGAAAUCUGUUUUAAAGCAAAUUUCCUGCAAUUCUACAAAAUUUUCCAUGGCUUAUAGCGUGUUCUUAUGCUAUCUGAGUGACUCAAACAUUAUAACAAAAUCAAUGGGGGCCACAUGACAUUUUGCGAAUUUUAGAUUCUCCCUGACUGUCUAGUUUUUAUUUUGGUGAUUGUUAGCUCUCAAAGAUUAUUUAAAAAUAUAUAUAUAUAGCUCCAUUAUCUUUUCUACAUACUUUAUAUCUUGUUUUAGUCGUUUAAAUUUACACUGAAAACAUUUUUCCAUCCCAAUUUCUUAUUUGUUGCAUAUUUUUGAGUGGCGGCAAAUUAAUGUAGGGGAAACACUGCACAGACCCUAAAUAUUUAGUGCUAGCCCUCAACUUCACAUUACUGUCUGUUAAUGUUGGGCAAUAGCUCUUUAUGUACCAGGGUUUCAAGGGCAUUGCUGUAUUAUCUUGUUUGUUUAUGGUCGCAAACCAUCUGUAACUGCAACACUGAUCAACAACAUUGAUCCAUGUAAAAUGUAUGCACGCAUGACUGUAUGUUGCUUUGGAUAAAAGUGUUUGCUAAAUGGCAUAUAUUAUUAUUAUAAAAGUAUUUGAUUAACAGAAAAAUGUGCGCUUGUCUCUGUCUCCAAAGUAACAUAAUAACCUCCAGGCCCAUAGUGUAAGGUUGAGACAGGUGACCUGUCCUGUAUUGUUGUGACAGGAGAACUGAUCCGAGGUCAGGCUAGCGUUGCGCCGGCUCUACCUCAGAGCAGGAGGGGACUGGUUUAGUAUGACACCUGCUAGACUGACUGACUCUGAAACAGAUCUGGAGAGGACAAGGUCACCAGAGUCAAAGCACCUUGCUUGAUGUAAUACGGACCCUAUUUUAUCACCUUGUCAGAUUAUCAGACCCAGCUAGCAGUCAAAAGAUGGAGAAACAGUGAGAAAUGCCUGUGAUGAAAAGUGUUUAACUUCCAUUUAGUUUUGUUGAUAUGAAAAUAACUGAGAGCAUUAGCUUGACAAUGGUUUCUCAGGGGCAAAUGAAAGGUGGAAUGAGAUGGGGUACUCUCUUGACAGUUUCCUUCCUCCUUUUUUCAUGCAGGGCAAGCCUUAUGUGUUUGACCGAGUCCUGCCACCUAACACAGCCCAGGAGCAGGUCUACGAUGCCUGUGCCAAGCAGAUUGUCAAAGGUAAACGCUGUGCCCUAUAUAGCCCUGUUAUCUCACAUCCUCAUCCUCAUCAUAUCAACUCAGUUUCAGGCCUAUUUUCAAAGAGUUAACCCCAGUGUGUUUGUUUUGCAGAUGUGUUGGGUGGGUACAAUGGAACCAUCUUUGCCUAUGGCCAGACCUCAUCAGGCAAGACCCACACCAUGGAGGUAAGUCUGGAGGACAUUUUGAGUCCUCAUUGGGAUUUGUAUGAGAACCAAAAAGAUUCUGUCAGAGAUUAGAUUAAGGAUAGCAGUAUUGAAAAUGAUAUACAUAAACAAGGGCAUGGGUGACAAAAACAGUACACCAGGAUUCACAGGACAUGUGACGCUACAGUGCAAGUUUGGCCAUUAGCAGCUAGUUUUAAGGAGCUUUACCAGACAGCACAAAGGAGAAGCCCAUGGAACAUAAAACUGUAUAAAGAGGAGAUAGAGGUGCAGUCUAGAAGCAGGGUGAACCUUUGGCCUCACUGCCUGCAUCAUCUGUAGAUGGUCUAGUGACCCAUUAACUGAGCUGGGAAUGACUGGAGCUUAAGCCGUUUCCCUCAGUCAUAAUCCUAACAUGGGAGAGAGUCGCAGAAACAUGAUUUUUACAGGCGGAUCUGAAUUGUGCAGUGGUUACUACUCAGGCAGCAGACACCUGAGAUUUCACUCACAAACACAUUUAAAGCUGUAUCUGUCAAACACGUUUGUUUCAUUUAAGGGAGGUGCCAGUCAGAUAGCAUGCAAACACACCAAAAAUAAAUAAAUAUAUAUUUUAGUAAAAAUCUCUUGACGUUGAGACUGGUUGUUUUGCGGGUACUAUUUAAUGAAGCUGCCAGUUGAGGACCUGUGAGGCGUCUGUUUCUCAAACUAGACACUCUAAUGUAUUUGUCCUCUUGCUCAGUUGUGCACCGGGGCCUCCCACUCCUCUUUCUAUUCUGGUUAGAGACAGUUUGCGCUGUUCUGUGAAGGGAGUAGUACACAGCGUUGUACGAGAUCUUCAGUUUCUUGGCAAUUUCUCGCAUGGAAUAGCCUUCAUUUCUCAGAACAAGAAUAGACUGACGAGUUUCAGAAUAAAGUUAUUUGUUUCUGGCCAUUUUGAUCCUGUAAUCGAACCCACAAUUGCUGAUGCUCCAGAUACUCAACUAGUCUCAAGAAGGCCAGUUUUAUUGCUUCUUUAAUCAGCACAACAGUUUUCAGCUGUGCUAACAUAAUUGCAAAAGGGUUUUCUAAUUAUCAAUUAGCCUUUUAAAAUUAUAAACUUGGAUUAGCAAACACAACGUGCCAUUGGAACACAGGACUGAUGGUUGCUGAUAAUGGGCCUCUUUACGCCUAUGUAGUUAUUCCAUAAAAAGCUACUGUUUCCAGCUACAAUAGCCAUUUACAACAUUAACAAUGUCUACACUGUAUUUCUGAUCAAUUUUAUGUUAUUUUAAUGGACAAAAUGAUUGCUUUUCUUUCUGAAAACAAGGACAUUUCUAAGUGACCCCAAACUUUUGAACGGUAGUGUAUAUAUAUAUAUAUAUUUGCGAGAAAAAUAUAAUUCCUAAUUGUCCUAAGAUGGGAACAUUCACCAACAGUCCUUCCCUCCUGCUGUGUCUUCCUUCCUUGCAUACCUUUAUUUAGCCCGACUGCCUAUGCCAGACAGCAUGCCAAAAUAGCAGCGAGGUGCUUCUCUGCCACAGUUCACAUGAUGUGCCGCCAUGCGAUUACACAGACAGUAUAGCCUCCUAUUCAGCUGCAGCCGUUGCCCUGGUAACAGCCCAGAGAUUCUUCAGCAAGCUUGAGGAUGAAAUUGGAAAACAUUUAUACCAUCAUUAAGAUCCACAGGUUUCCAUAGCAGGUGAUGGAAGGGUGGGGAAGCGAUGGUGGCAAUAUGAUUAUCUUCCAUGCUAGCUCUGCAAGCCUGACCAGAAUGUAAAACUAUCCCUGUUAUGUGUUUAAUCUAAAAUGCUAUUAAACAUCUCUCCAUCCUCAUCUACCUAUACUCAUAUUACAGUUUGAAGGACAUAGCAGCCCUGAGGCGAAGGGCAAACAGUAAUAGUCCAUUGCAGAGUCAAUUAUUGCUGAGACAAUAACGUUUUUAUAUUGCGUUUGGGCUGUCUAAGGAGGGGUCAGACUGGGAUGGAGAUGAGUGGACUAAAUUCAUGAAGGGAUACAGGCUGGCUAAGGAGUAUGUAAUGAAACCCCCUUGAGGUCCCAUGUAUAUUUCAUAUUAAUAUGAGGACAUAGGCCUUAUGAAGACUAAGGGUGUUUUCACACUUGGUCCCUUUCAGACAAUUAUUUUGAACUCAGUGCGGAUCGCUUAAUUUUGUUCACUGUGAACUCUCCAAAGGAACUCAGACCCCUCAAAAGAGCCCCCGAAGCGAACCAAACUGAGGCCAUCUUUUGAGGUGGUCUGAGUUCGGUUUGCUUGAAUUCCUCUGUCCAGUUCCCAUUUUUAGGUCAAUGUGAACACAAAGCUCCCCAGGUUCGCUUGUCAUUAUUCCCGCACCACACACUAGAAUAGAAUACUGCAACACUGUUUCCCCUGCCAUAGCCCCUCACAUUGGUGCCACAAAAGAGAGAAGAUGAUGAUGUGCAGGUUCGCAGAAAAAAACGUGUGCUGUUUUUGGAUAUUAAAUGUAAGUAGGUACUGUAUAUAUAGCUGUCCGAUAACACGUUCUGAUUGAAUGGGUUGUCCUGCACUUUGUAAAAACCCAGAGUGCAUUGGAAAAAGAUCUUGGUUCCUUUCUAAACAUAGCAAUGUGAAUGCAAAGAAGACUCGGACCACAAAAUAAGUGAAGUGAACAGGCAAAAGAGUUGAGUCCUCAUUCAAAGUCAAGGGCAGUGUGAAUACAAAGAGAACUGAGUUCUUUUACCCCAGAGUUUACUUUAAAGAGGACUGAGAUCGGUUAUUUUAAAGAGGACUAUAUGUGAAAACACCCUAAGAGGGUGAAGGCUGAAAGAGUUUCCCUCUGUAAGAGCUUGAUAGCAGCCUGUGAUAAACCUCUAUCGCUACUUGUAGUAACCUGACGGAGAGACUGAAUAUUUUUUGGGUUGUUUUAAAUGACAAUACUUUCACUUUUCCUCAUACUUGCUGUCUUGGGUCAAAUGUAUCAUUUUCUUCACAUAUAUUUUGUGAGCAGCGUUUUUUUUGCACAAGCAGUUUUUUAUAUUGUCAUGUUUUGGGGAUGUUGGAUGUUGUUUGUUAAAGAGGGUGUGUUCUCAAUCUCAGGGCAAGCUCCAUGACUCCCAGCUGAUGGGUAUCAUCCCCCGUAUCGCCAGGGACAUCUUUGACCACAUCUACUCCAUGGAUGAGAACCUGGAGUUCCACAUCAAGGUAACAUACACAUCAUGGAAUGGCCCCUCUGAGCCUUGGGCUAGAUGCUCAGUCAGUGUCCAUGCGUUGUAGCUUAGCUUGCCUUCAAAGCAUAUAGUCUGUGUUCAUAUGGCAGGAUUUGUCAAAAGGCUAAGCUGAGUGUACUAUGUAUACAAUAGCUUUUGUAAAUAUAAUAUAUGAAUAUAAAAAAAUAUAUUUUUGAAUGGCAUUUGUAUUUACUGUUACAAAACCAAACCAAACCAUCAGGUGCAUAAAAUGUGAAUGGAACAGGUGCUGUGGUGGCUGAGGGUUAGUCCAGUGCUCAUUGCUGUGUUAGUGUUAGUGACAGGACCCACAGAGGCGUCUGCUGAGGUGCCAGCUCUGCUGGGGUGGCCUAGAUGUACCAUAUGGUUACUGCAGUGACACCUUCAGCUGGUGACUGUGUGGCUGUGUGUGUGGCCUCUAGUAACUCAAAUUGAAAUGUUACAACACAAAAGCCUAGGAACCCAAGUGUUCAUCUGUUAGAACAGUGAAUCUUUCACCAAGGGCAAGACUGGCACAGGACCAAUGCUAUCUGUUUGUUUAUGCUGUGUGUGAUAUAUUUUGUGUCUAUAGGUCUCCUAUUUUGAAAUCUACUUAGACAAAAUCAGAGACCUAUUGGAUGGUGAGUAAAGACUUUCUUUUUAGUUUGACUAAGUUCAGAUUUGUAAAUAGUGAUGUGGACAAUUCUGAUGUAUAUAGUUUCUGCUAUUUUUCAUUUUAAGUGUCAAAGACCAACCUAGCAGUACAUGAGGACAAAAACAAGGUGCCCUAUGUUAAGGUGGGUAUCCAUUAUCUGUUGCUAAAGUAGUUGAUAAUAUGAUUGUUCCUUCUCUAAGCACAGUAAUAUUUCAGGUCAUUACCCCACAAUCUAGUGGUUCUGAUGUAACAUUUUCCUCACCUUCACACAUAUUCCCACUUUUCCACAAAGGGCUGUACGGAACGCUUUGUGUCCAGUCCAGAAGAGGUUAUGGAUGUCAUCGAUGAGGGAAAAUCCAAUCGUCAUGUGGCUGUUACAAGUAUGUGCUUCUCUUUUCCUCCGGAAUCACUUAAGUACGUGUUUAAUAAAGAAAUGUUGCAAGAAUGUUGCGAACUACCCAUUGAUAUCCAGUGAUUCAGCAAAAGACUGCCCAUUUUCUAUGCUAGCACUCAAAUGUUGUGCUGCUGUUUGUUCGUCCAUACAGACAUGAAUGAGCACAGUUCUCGCAGUCACAGCAUCUUCCUGAUCAACAUCAAGCAGGAGAACAUAGAGACAGAACUGAAGCUGUCAGGAAAACUCUACUUGGUGGAUCUGGCUGGCAGUGAGAAGGUCAGAGUGGUUUUCCCUCUUUCUACGCUUUUCUACCCUCCAUCUCCUUCUAACAUCCCUCUCCUCUCCCUUUCUCACUUGGUCUUCCCUUCCUCUCUCCCCGCCCACUUCUCUCCCUCUCCUCUUCCUCUCUCCAUCCCUCUCCCCUCUCCUCUCAUUCUCUCACGCUCUUCAAUAAAUCACAUUUAAAAUAACCUCUAUACACAGCAUUUUGAUUGAAGACCUAUCAGAAGGCCUAUCUGUCCACACACCUUGUUUGUACUGACAUCCUGCUGUGGGUAUUUAUUAUCCUCCUGUUCUCCAGGUCAGUAAAACUGGGGCAGAGGGAUCUGUGUUGGACGAGGCCAAGAAUAUCAAUAAGUCCCUCUCCGCCCUGGGGAACGUCAUCUCAGCUCUGGCUGAGGGAACCGUAAGUUAUACGUCUCUUUCACUGUGUUGUAGUUCUCUCGCUCUCUUUCACACACCCACUCUCUUUCCUGUUGGUAGUUUCGUUCUUUUCAUGUUUGUCUGUCUUUAUUUUGCUUUUUCCUUUUUGCUAUCUGUCUUCUUUUUCUUUCGUUUCUAUCUUUCUAUUCUAUUCUUCUAUUCCUUCUCUCUUCUCUCGCUCAUCUUCUUCUCUCUCUCUCUCUCUCUCUCUCUCUCUCUCAAUUCAAUUCAAUUAAAGGGCUUUAUUGGCAUGGGAAACGUUAUGUUAACAUUGCCAAAGCAAGUGAAGUAGAUAGUAAAACAAAAGUGAAAUAAACAAGAAAUAUUAAACAGUAAACAUUACACUCAGAAGUUCCAAAAGAAUAAAGACAUUUCAAAUGUCAUAUUAUGUAUAUAUACAGUGUUGUAACAAUGUGCAAAUAGUUAAAGUACAAAUGGGAAAAUAAAUAAACAUAAAUAUAUAUUUACAAUGGUGUUUGUUCUUCACUGGUUGCCCUUUUCUUGUGGCAACAGGUCACAAAUAUUGCUGCUGUGAUGGCACACUGUGGUAUUUCACCCAGUAGAUAAGGGAGUUUAUCAAAAUUGGGUUUGUUUUCGAAUUCUUUGUGGAUCUCUGUAAUCUGAGGGAAAUAUGUGUCUCUAAUAUGGUCAUACAUUUGGCAGGAGGUCAGGAAGUGCAGCUCAGUUUCCACCUCAUUUUGUGGGCAGUGUGCGCAUAGCCUGCCUUCUCUUGAGAGCCAGGUCUGCCUACGGCGGCCUUUCUCAAUAGCAAGACUAUGCUCACUGAGUCUGUACAUAGUCAAAGCUUUCCUUAAGUUUGGGUCAGUCACAGUGGUCAGGUAUUCUGCCACUGUGUACUCUCUGUUUAGGGCCAAAUAACAUUCUAGUUUGCUCUGUUUAUUUGUUUAAUUCUUUCCAAUGUGUUAAGUAAUUCUCUUUUUAGUUUUCUUGUGAUUUGGUUUGGGUCUAAUUGUGUUGUUGUUGUUGUCCCGGGGCUCUGUGGGGUCUGUUUGUGUUUGUGAACAGAGCCCCAGGACCAGCUUACUUAGGGGACUCUUCUCCAGGUUCAUCUCUCUGUAGGUGAUGGCUUUGUUAUGGAAGGUUUGGGAAUCACUUCCUUUUAAGUGGUUAUAGAAUUUAACGGCUCUUUUCUGGAUUUUGAUCAUUAGUGGGUAUCGGCCUAAUUAUGCUCUACAUGCAUUAUUUUGUGUUUUUCGUUGUACACAGAGGAUAUUUUUGCAGAAUUCUGCAUGCAGAGUCUCAAUUUGGUGUUUGUCCCAUUUUGUGAAUUCUUGGUUGGUGAGCGGACCACAGACCUCACAACUCUCUCACACACACACACACACACACACACACACCUCCGCUCUCGAGGGUGUGUGACGGAGGAGGAGUUACUCUCGCGGCGAUGCUAGACGCUGAGUAUAGAGAGGAGCUAGCGCGUGCUAGCGAGAGGAGCCCUCUCUUCGCUCUCGAGAGGAGAAAGCAGAGAGAGAGAGCCUCUUAAGGGAGAUUCCUCUCUCUCUCUCUCUCUCUCUCUCUCUCUCCCUCUGUCUCUCCUAUUUUACUAAAAUGUCAUUUUGCAUGUGACGUGAAUAUAAAAAAUUCUAUAAAAUAGCAUUUGGUUACAGAUGUUGUCUCAUUUGUAAAGCUUCUCUUGAUCUCCUCUCUUCCCCUCCUAUAGAAAACCCAUGUGCCCUACAGAGACAGUAAGAUGACCCGUAUCCUGCAGGACUCUCUGGGGGGAAACUGUAGGACCACCAUUAUCAUCUGUGCCUCCCCCUCUGUCUACAACGAGGCUGAGACAAAAUCCACCCUCAUGUUUGGACAGAGGUUAGCACUCAUACGACACACACUGUAGGAGGGUGUCCAGUGUAUCUCUUCUAGUCAGUCUGCAAGUGUGAAUUUAUUUGUGUGUAAUUAUGUGUGCCCUCAUGGGGUUGUAGUGAAAAUAGAGAUUAGAUCUCUAAUGAGUCUAGGAAGACCAGCUGUGACCUUGUUGUAAUGCUGCUGUUUAACCGACAGCCAACAGCGAGGGUGAUAAAGAAAUCAAUGUAGAUUACUGGAGUGUUGUAGUUCAGUGUCAGAAAAAACACAGUUCAAGGAUGGACAAACUUUUUACCUUCAGUACAUAUACACUAUUUGUGCAUAAUACUAAUAUAUGCCCUCUUUCAUAAGCAAUUCCCUUGCCAAUGGACUUCCAUCAUCAAUGUCAAACUGAUGGAAUCUCUCACUACGAUCUUAUCUCUCGUCAGAGCGAGCGAGCGAGAGCGAGAGAGAGAGAGCGGAAGAGAGAAGAGAGGAAGCGAGAGGAGCAGUCUAUCUAGCAGAUGAGAGAGAGAUAGCGACGACGCAUUAUCUCUCUCUAUGAUCUCUCUCUCUCUCUCUCUACUCUCUCUUCUCGUCUUCUUCUCUCUCUUCUCUCUCUCUCUCUCUUCUCUCUCUCUCUCUCUCUCUCUCUCUCAAUGUUGCAGAGCGAAGACCAUUAAGAACACAGUGUCAGUGAACCAAGAGCUGACAGCUGAGGAAUGGAAGAAGAAGUAUGAGAAGGAGAAAGAGAAGACUAAAGGCCUGAAAUACGUGAUCCAGAAGCUAGAGACCGAGCUCAAACGCUGGAGGAAAGGUAACAAAGAAAGAGAGUAGAGGAGUGAGAGAGAGAAUGAGAAAGAGAGAGAGCUGUGUAGCAAUUGUGGUCGAACCAGACUAGAAUCCUGAUAAGCGCAUCUCGAAUGCAAGGCACACACAGUACAUGGAAAUCAGUAUGAUCAUUUACACAAACCCACUGUCAUUUAUUUGACUGUGCUCCUAGUUACUCUACUACAGGAGCAUCAGAGAGACUUAAGAUGUUUGCAGACAUCUCCCAGCUACUCCUGGAAUAUGGAAGCUAAGGACUUAACUUGUAUUCAGAGCUCAUGGGGUUGUAGGGGAUGUUGAACCCCGUUUUGAUUUUAUUAAAUUACUUUGAUAAAAGUCAUAUAGAAGACCUCUGGAUGACUCAGAGGAGUUUUGUUCAUCCUAUUCACAUUGUAGAGUCACUGAACACAUACAGUGCAUUCGGAAAGUAUUCAGACCCCUUCCCUUUUUCCACAUUUUGUUACGUUACAGCCUUAUUCUAAAAUGAAUUAAAUUAAUUGUUUUCCUCAUCAAUCAACACACAAUACCCCAUAAUGACAAUGUGAAAACAGGUUUUUAGAAAUGUUUGCAUUUUACAUUUUAGUCAUUUAGCAGACGCUCUUAUCCAGAGCGACUUACAGUUAGUGAGUGCAUACAUUUUUCAUAGGUGUUCAGACCCUUUGCUAUUAGUCUAAAAAUUGAGCUCAGGUGCUUCCUGUUUCAAUUGAUCAUCCUUGAAAUAUUUCUACAACUUGAUUGGAGUCCACCAGUGGGAAUUCAAUUGACUGGACAUGAUUUGGAAAGGCAAACACCUGUCUAUAUAAGGUCCCAAAGUUGACAGUGCAUGUCAGAGUAAAAACCAAGCCAUGAGGUCGAAGUAAUUGUCCGUAGAGCUCAGAGACAGGAUUGUGUUGAGGCAAAGAUCUGGGGAAGGGUACCAAAACAUUUCUGCAGCAUUGAAGAUCCCCAAGAACACAGUGGCCUCCAUCAUUCUUAAAUGGAAGAGUUUUGGAACCACAAAGAGUCUUACUAAAGCUGGCCGCCUGGCCAAACUGAGCAAUCGGGGGAGAAGGGCCUUGGUCAGGGAGGUGACCAAAAACCCGAUGGUCACUCUGACAGAGCUCCAGAGUUCCUCUGUGUAGAUGGAAAAAACUUCCAGAAGGACAACCAUCUCUGCAGCAAUCCACCAAUCAGGCCUUUAUGGUAGAGUGGCCAGACGGAAGCCACUCCUCAGUAAAAGGCACAUGACAGCCCGCUUGGAGUUUGCCAAAAGGCACCUAAAGGACUCUCAGACCAUGAGAAACAAGAUUCUCUGGUCUGAUGAAUCCAAGAUUGAACUCUUUGGCCUGAAUGCCAAGCGUCACGUCUGGAGGAAACCUGGCACCUUCCCUACGGUGAAGCAUGGUGGUGGCAGCAUCAUGCUGUGGGGAUGUUUUUCAGUGGCAGGGACUGGGAGACUAGUCAGGAUCGAGGGAAAGAUGAAUGGAGCAAAGUACAGAGAGAUCCUUGAUAAAAACCUGCUCCAGAGCGCUCAGGACCUUAGACUGGGCGAAGGUUCACCUUCCAACAGCACAACGACCCUAAGCACACAGCCAAGACAACACAGGAGAGGCUGUGAACCCGAUCGAACGUCCCUUGAGAGACCUGACAAUAGCUGUGCAGCGACGCUCCCCAUCCAACCUGACAGAGCUUGAGAGGAUCUGCAGAGAAGAAUGGAAGAAACUCCCCAAAUACAGGUGUGCCAAGCUUGUAGCGUCAACAAAGUACUGAGUACUUUUUUUUACAGCCCUCUAACCAAUUGUACUAUUAUGUGUGUUUUUCCGCGUUAUUUGUAAUUUAUUCUGUACAUAAUGUUUCUGCCAUCGUCUCUUAUAACCAAAAAGAGCUUCUGGAUAUCAGGACUGCGAUUACUCACCUCGUAUUGGACACAUUUUUCUUCAACAAAUCGGACGCCAAGGAUAUCCUACAGACACCCGACAAGGCCCAAAUCCCCGUCAUUUGCAUGAGAAAGAGACGGAGAUAUCGUGGACGUAGGUCGGGGUGCCUUGUAAGGAUCCGACGGCGAGCGAGUAAACUGCCUCUUCCAUCAAUCCUAUUAGCCAAUGUUCAAUCAUUUGAGAAUAAAUUGGAUGACCUAUGAUUACAGUUAUCCUACGGGACAUUAAAAACUGUAAUAUCUUAUGUUUCAACAAGUCGUGGUUGAACGACGACAUGGACAACAUACAGCUAGCGGGCUAUACGCUACAUCGGCAGGAUAGAACGGCUGACUCCGGUAAGACAAGGGGUGGCGGUCUGUGUAUAUUUGUAAACAACAGCUGGUGCACAAAAUCAAAUAAUAAGGAAGUCUCAAGGUUUUGCUCGCCCGAGGUAGAGUAUCUUAUGAUAAGCUGUAGACCACACUAUUUACCAAGAGAGUUUUCAUCUAUAUUUUUCAUAGCUGUCUAUUUACCACCACAAACCAAUGCGGGCUUUAAGAUUGCACUGAAUGAGCUGUAUGAGGCCAUAAGUGAACAGGAAAACGCUCAUCCAGAGGCAGUGCUCCUAGUUGCCGGCGGACUUUAAUGCAGGGAAACUUAAAUCCGUUCUACCUAAUUUCUAUAAUGUUAAAUGUGCAAUCAGAGGAAAAUAAACUCUAGACCACCUUUACUCCACACACAGAGACGCAUACAAAGCUCUCCCUCGCCCUCCAUUUGGCAAAUGUGACCAUAACUCUAUCCUCCUGAUUCCUGCUUAUAAGCAAAAACUAAAGUAGGAAGCACCAGUGACUCGGUUAAUAAAAAAGUGGUCAGAUGACGCAGAUGCUAAGCUACAGGACUGUUUUGCUACCACAGACUGGAAUAUGUUCCGGGAUUCUUCAGAUAGCAUUGAGGAGUACACCACAUCAGUCACUGGCUUCAUCAAUAAGUGCAUCGAUGAUGUCGUCCCCACAAUGACCGUACGUACAUACCCCAACCAGAAGCCAUGGAUUACAGGCAACAUCCGCACUGAGCUAAAGGGUAGAGCUGCCACUUUCAAGGAGCGGGACUCUAACCCGGACGCUUAUAAGAAAUCCUGCUAUGCCCUCCGACGAACCAUCAAACAGGCAAAGAGUCAAUACAGGACUAAGAUUAAAUCGUACUACACCGGCUCUGACGCUCGUCGGAUGUGGCAGGGCUUGAAAACUAUUACAGACUACAAAGGGAAGCACAGCCGCGAGCUGCCCAGUGACACAAGACUUCCAGACGAGCUAAACCACUUCUAUGCUCGCUUCGAGGCAAGCAACACUGAAGCAUGCAUGAGAGCACCAGCUGUUCCGGAUAACUAUGUGAUCAUGCUCUCCGUAGCCAAUGUGAGUAAGACUUUUAAGCAGGUCAACAUUCACAAGGCCGCAGGGCCAGACGGAUUACCAGGACGUGUACUCCGAGCAUGUGCUGACCAACUGGCAAGUGUCUUCACUGACAUUUUCAACAUGUCCCUGACUGAGUCUGUAAUUCCAACAUGUUUCAAGCAGACCACCAUAGUCCCCGUGCCCAAGGACACUAAGAUAACCUGCCUAAAUGACUACCGACCCGUAGCACUGACGUCUGUAGCCAUGAAGUGCUUUGAAAGGCUGGUCAUGGCUGACAUCAACACCAUUAUCCCAGAAACCCUAGACCCACUCCAAUUUGCAUACCGCCCCAACAGAUCCACAGAUGAUGCAAUCUCUAUUGCACUCCACACUGCCCUUUCCCACCUGGACAAGAGGAACACCUACGUGAGAAUGCUAUUCAUUGACUACAGCUCAGCAUUCAACACCAUAGUGCCCUCAAAGCUCAUCACUAAGCUAAGGAUCCUGGGACUAAAUACCUCCCUCUUCAACUGGAUCCUGGACUUCCUGACGGGCCGCCCCCCCAGGUGGUAAGGGUAGGUAACAACACAUCUGCCACACUGAUCCUCUACACAGGGGCCCCUCAGGGGUGCGUGCUCAGUCCCCUUCCUGUACUCCCUGUUCACCCAUGACUGCAUGGCCAGGCACGACUCCAACACCAUCAUUAAGUUUGCCGACGACACAACAGUUGUAGGCCUGAUCACCGACAACGAUGAGACAGCCUAUAGGGAGGAGGUCAGAGACCUGGCCGUGUGGUGCCAGGAUAACAACCUCUCCCUCAACGUGACCAAGACAAAGGAGAUGAUUGUGGACUACAGGGGAAAAAAAGAGGACUGAGCACGCCCCCAUUCUCAUCGACGGGGCUGUAGUGGAACAGGUUGAGAGCUUCAAGUUCCUUGGUGUCCACAUCACCAACGAACUAUCAUGGUCCAAACACACCAAGACAGUCGUGAAGAGGGCACGACAAUGCCUAUUCCCCCUCAGGAGACUGAAAAGAUUUGGCAUUGGUCCUCAAAUCCUCAAAAAGUUAUACAGCUGCACCAUCGAGAGCAUCCUGACUGGUUGCAUCACCGCCUGGUAUGGCAACUGCUCGGCCUCCGACCGCAAGGCACUACAGAGGGUAGUACCUACAGCUCAGUACAUCACUGGGGCCAAGCUUCCUGCCAUCCAGGACCUCUAUACCAGGCGGUGUCAGAGGAAGGCCCUCAAAAUUGUCAAAGACUCCAGCCACCCUAGUCAUAGACUGUUCUCUCUGCUACCGCACGGCAAGCGGUACCGGAGUGCCAAGUCUAGGUCCAAAAGGCUUCUUAACAGCUUCUACCCCCAAGGCCAUAAGACUCCUGAACAGCUAAUCAUGGCUACCCUGACUAUUUGCAUUGCCCCCCCCGCCCCAUCUUUUUACGCUGCUGCUACUCUGUUAAUUAAUUAUGCAUAGUCACUUUAACUCUACCCACAUGUACAUAUUACAUUUACAUUUUAGUCAUUUAGCAGACGCUCUUAUCCAGAGCGACUUACAGGAGCAAUUAGGGUUAAGUGCCUUGCUUAAGGGCACAUCGACAGAUUUUUCACCUAGUCGGCUCGGGGAUUAGAACCAGCGACCUUUCGGUUACUGGCACAACGCUCUUACCCACUAAGCUACCUGCCGACCCUCCAACUACCUCAACUAGCCGGUGCCCCCCUGUAUAUAUAGCCUCCCUACUGUUAUUUUAUUUUACUUCUGCUCUUUUUUUCUCAACACUUUUUUGUUGUUGUUUUAUUUUACUUUUUUAUUAAACAAUAAAUACACUGUUGGUUAAGGGCUGUAAGUAAGCAUUUCACUGUAAUGUCUGCACCUGUUGUAUUCGGCGCAUGUGGCCAAUAAAAUUUGAUUUGAUUUGAUUUUAGUAAAGGGUCAGAAUACUUAUGCAAAUGUGAUUUUUUUCAGUUUUUUAAAAUACAUUUGCUAGAAUUUCUAAAAACCUGUUUUUGCUUUUUCAUUAUGGGGUAUUGUGUGUAGAUUGAUGAGGGAAAAAAACAGUUUAAUCAAUUUUAGAAUAAUGCUGUAACAAAAUGUGGAAAAAGUAAAGGGGUCUGAAUACUAUCCGAAUGCACUGUAUGUGUAGAAUAUGCUUCUCUAAUGGGGUAGGAUGGGGACUGAGGAUGUUUUCCAAAACCACACAUCCGUUCACUCAUUCUGUUUCCAGUUCUGUCAUUUACUCACUGCUUAGUUCUCCCUUUGCAAGCUUUGUUUUUUCAAAAUAAAACUUUGUCAGAAUAAAUAGGUCGGUUGAUGUUAGGAUUUUGGCCAGCAGGCAAUUUGGCGUCUUAGUUUCGGCUAUGUUCUGAGUGAGUGACCUGGAUAGAGGAUGUUGUCUCUCAAAGUAAUGGCCUUAUUUAGACUUAUUCUGUUUUCAUCAAAAGUAUGUUCAUCAUGAAAUGCAUUCUGGAUGCUAUGUUUGCAACGAUCACAGCCCUCCAAUCAGUACUCAGGCAGCAACCUGCUGUGCUUAUAUGCCUCCCUUUGUACUUUUGUAUUCAUGAGAUUGUGCAGAUUGUGAAUAAUAUUAGUAAGCACACAUAUCUCCUAUUUGCAUUGCAAAAUAAUGCAAGCUGUAAGGCAUCAACAGAUUGUUGAUACUCCCAAAUGGGGUACAUUGUAUAUUCAUGCAGCAUGUGAAGACCAGUAUGGUCAGGGUUCUCCAUUGUGGAGGAUAGAGAGAGAUGUAAUGUCACAAUAUUCUAGCAGUGCGCCCACCACAGUAUACUGUAUUAGCUGACGGUGCGGACUGACUGUUGCCACGGCUACCCAUCAUUUCUUUACUGAAAGUGUAUUUCCACUCUCUCUCAGAGAUAAGAUAACACAUUCAGACGCUGCAUUGUAGAUUAGCCACAGCUACAAAUGCCCAGACGGUCCUUGAAGAUGGCAGAGUGCUCUCUGACUCUGGAUCUCUGAAGUAGAAGUUCCCCCCACCCCCCUCCCUGAGCUCUGUCUGCUUAUAACUCUACCUCCCACCUCCGCCCCCAUCCCUCGCUUUUCCGCCUUAUCUCAAGGUCUGCAUGAGAGCUACACAACACAGACUCAUCCAUCUUUCCCCCUUUCUGCUGUGAGAGGAUUAUCUCUGGGUGUGGUGGUGUUUGGCUGGUCGGCACGGUCGGGGGCUAAGCCUCUUGCCUGGGGUCUGCCAGCGGGUAUCAGCCUCAUCACCUGUCACAUUCUACAUGUCCCAAUGUCCCUGUCUCCUGUGGAAAUGGCACUGUCAGGGGUUUGUGUUGGGCUGUGUUCUGUUUAUGGGAUGGAACGAAAGUAGUUACACGGAGAUAAUAUAAAUGAUUCUCCUCUGAGCUAAGACGAUUUCUGUACAGUUUGUUUUGUUUCUCCCUCACUCUCAUGUUAUGAAUGUGAUAAGGAUGUAUAGGCACAUUUAGUGAGCUAAAAUCUGUCAAAGCUGUCCAUGCUUUCCCUCUCCACAACCAAACAACUUACAGUGCAUUCAGAACGUAAAUAAAUAAAUCAUCAUCAAUCUACACACAAUACCCCAUAAUGACAAAUCAAAAACAGGUUUUUAGACAUUUUUGCAAAUGUAAAAUAAUAUUUAAAAAAUACCUUAUUUACGUAAGUAUUGAGACCCUUUGCUAUGAGACUCGAAAUUGAGCUCAGGUGAAUCCUGUUUCAAUUGACCAUCCUUGAGAUGUUUCUACAACUUGAUUGGAGUCCACCUGUGGUAAAUUCAAUUGAUUGGACAUGAUUUGGAAAGGCACACGUCUGUCUAUAUAAGGUCCCACAGUUGACAGUGCAUGUCAGAGCAAAAACCAAGCCAUGAGGUUGAAGGAAUUGUCCAUAGAGCGCCGAGACAGGAUUGUGUCGAGGCACAGAUCUGGGGAAGGGUACCAAAAAUGUCUGCAGCAUUGAAAGUCCCCAAGAACACUGGGGCCUCCAUCAUUCUUAAAUGGAAGAAGUUUGGAACCACCAAGACUCUUCCUAGAGCUGGCCGCCUGGCCAAACUGAGCAAUCGGGGGAGAAGGGCCUUGGUCAGGGAGGUGACCAAGAACCCGAUGGUCACUCUGACAGAGCUCCAGAGUUCCUCUGUGGGGAUGGGAGAACCUUCCAGAAGGACAACCAUCUCUGCAGCACUACACCAAUCAGGCCUUUAUAGUAGAGUGGCAAGAAGGAAGCCACUCCUCAGUAAAAGGCACAUGACAGCCCGCUUGGAGUUUGCCAAAAGGCACCUAAAGUACUCUCAAGACCAUGAGAAACAAGAUUAUCUGGUCUGAUGAAACAAAAAUGUAACUCAUUGGCCUAAAUGCCAAGUUUCACAUCUGGAGGUGGCAGCAUCAUGCUGUGGGGAUGUUUUUUAGCGGCAGGGACUGGGAGACUAGUCAGGAACGAGGGGAAAGAUGAACGGAGCAAAGUACAGAGAGAUCCUUGAUGAAAACCUGCUCCAGAGCGCUCAGGACGUCAGACUGGGGCGAAGGUUCACCUUCCAACAGGACAAUGACCCUAAGCACACAGCCAAGACAACGCAGGAGUGGCUUCGGGACAAGUCUCUGAAUGUCCUUGAGUGGCCCAGCCAGAGCCCGAACUUGAACCUGAUCGAACAUCUCUGGAGAGACCUGAAAAUAGCUGUGCAGCCACACUCCCCAUCCAACCUGACAGAGCUUGCGAGGAUCUGCAGAGAAGAAUGGAAGAAACUCCCCAAAUACAGGUGUGCCAAGCUUGUAGUAUCAUACCCAAGAAGACUCAAGGCUGUAAUCACUGCCUAAGGUGCUUAUGUACUUAUGUAAAUGUGAUAUUUCAGUGUUUUAUGUUUAAUAUAUUUGCAAAAAUUGCUUUGUCAUUAUGGGGUAUUAUGUGUAGAUUGAUGAGGGAAAAAACUAUUUUAUCAAUUUUAGAAUGAGGCUGUAACGUAACAAAAUGUGGAAAAGGUCAAGGGGUCUGAAUACCUUCCGAAUGCACUGUACAUGUUUGGUUGAGGUCCAUCACUCUAACCUCUGCUGCCACCCUCCCCCUUACCUCUCUCCCCCCUCCCUCCCUCCCUCUCCCAGGUGAGGCUGUUCCAGUGGAGGAACAGCUGAGCAGUAAGGAGAAAAAGAGCAACAGUGGUGAUGCCAUGGCCACGCCCAUGAUUGACACCAUCGCCCCACCCCCUGUCCCGCUAUUGGACGAGGAGAAGACCCGAUACGAGGGGCUCAUCACCGACUUGUACCAGCAGCUGGAUGACAAGGUGGGUGGGCCAGAGAGGAUGGGGUGGGGAUUCCCAGUCUUGAUGUUCUCAGUUUCCGAUAAUUCAGAGAGCACAUGAAUGCAGCAUGAUGACUCACUGAGUGAUGAGUGGUCAUGGUCAUGAAUAACUGGAAAGGGGCUAUGUCUGUGGUUAAUUGAAGUGGGACAGUUUGUAGAUUUUAUGAACCACACGAUGGCUUUAAUCAUAUGCAAAUACUAUAUAAUCACAUACAUGCAUAAUUCUGUGGAAUUCUUGUAAAUCUGGUUUGAUGAUCCAGACAUUUACCUAAUAAGGGGUGAUUAGAUUGAUUAUCCUUAGGUCAUAACGCUCAAGUCAAUUAACUGUUGGGAAAAUAAACAGAUUGGUGUGCACACAAAUCCCUCUCACACUAGCAGCCAUAGCCCUGCAUUAGCUAGCUCCCCCCCAAAAAGUGGAGUACAGACUCUUGGUCAAUCCCAACGUGAAUGCAACAUUUCUGUAUUGUAUUUUUCUUCUUUCCUCCUAUCUCAGGAUGAUGAGAUCAACCAACACAGUCAGUUGGCAGAGAAGUUCAAAGAGCAGAUGAUCGAUCAAGAUGAGGUGAGUUUAUCCAACCCUAUACAACACAUCUCCGUCAUCUACAGUCGUGGUCAAAUGUUUUGAGAAUGACACAAGUAUUGGUCUUCACAAAGUUCGCGGUUCAGUGUUAUGAGAUAUUUUUGUCAGAUGUUACUAUGGUAUACUGAAGUAUAAUUACAAGCAUUCCAUAAGUGUCAAAGGCUUUUAUUGACAAUUACAUUAAGUUUAUGCAAAGAGUCAAUAUUUGCAGUGUUGACCCUUCUUUUUCAAGACCUCUGCAAUCUGCCCUGGCAUGCUGUCAAUUAACUUCUGGGCCACAUCCUGACUGAUGGCAGCCCAUUCUUGCAUAAUCAAUGCUUGGAGUUUGUCAGAAUUUGUGGGUUUUUGUUUGUCCACCCGCCUCUUGAGGAUCGACCACAAAUUCUCAAUGGGAUUAAGGUCUGGGGAGUUUCCUGGCAAUGGACCCAAAAUGUCGAUGUUUUGUUCCCCGAGCCACUUAGUUAUCACUUUUGCCUUAUGGCAAGGUGCUCCAUCAUGCUGGAAAAGGCAUUGGUCGUCACCAAACUGUUCUUGGAUGGUUGGGAGAAGUUGCUCUCGGAGGAUGUGUACCAUUCUUUAUUCAUGGCUGUGUUCUUAGGCAAAAAUGUGAGUGAGCCCACUCCCUUGGCUAAGAAGCAACCCCACACAUGGUCUCAGGAUGCUUUACUGUUGGCAUGACACAGGACUGAUGUUAGCGCUCACCUUGUCUUGACAAGGUGUUUUCCGGCUGCCCCAAACAAUCGGAAAGGGGAUUCAUCAGAGAAAAUGACUUUACCCCAGUCCUCAGCAGUCCAAUCCCUGUACCUUUUGCAGAAUAUCAGUCUGUCCCUGAUGUUUUUCCUGGAGAGAAGUGGCUUCUUUGCUGCCCUUCUUGACACCAGGCCAUCCUCCAAAAGUAUUCGCCUCACUGUGCGUGCAGAUGCACUCACACCUGCCUGCUGCCAUUCCUGAGCAAGCUCUGCACUGGUGGUGCAGCUGAAUCAGCUUUAGGAGACGGUCCUGGCGCUUACUGGACUUUCUUGGGCGCCCUGAGGCCUUCUUCACAACAAUUGAACCUCUCUCCUUGAAGUUCUUGAUGAUCAGAUAAAUGGUUGAUUUAGGUGCAAUCUUACUAGCAGCAAUAUCCUUGCCUGUGAAGCCCUUUUUGUGCAAAGUAAUGAUGAUGGCAUGUGUUUCCUUGCAGGUAACCAUGGUUAACAGAGGAAGAACAAUGAUUUCAGCACCACCCUCCUUUUAAAGCUUCCAGUCUGUUAUUCUAACUCAAUCAGCAUGACAGAGUGAUCUCCAGCCUUGUCCUCGUCAACACUCUCACCUGUGUUAACGAGAGAAUCACUGACAUGAUGGCAGCUGGUCCUUUUGUGGCAGGGCUGAAAUGCAGUGGAAAAGUUUGUUGGGGAAUAAGUUAAUUUUCAUGGCAAAGAGGGACUUUGCAAUUCAUUGCAAUUCAUCUGAUCACUCUUCAUGACAUUCUGGAGUAUAUGCAAAUUGCCAUCAGCAAAACUGAGGCAGCAGACUUUGUGAAAAUUAGUAUUUGUGUCAUUCUCAAAACUUUUGACCACGACUGUCUCAUAGAUUGACAUUGUAUAACUUGAUAAAAGUGAAGGAAUUCAUCAAAUUGAAUUAGUGCAAUGAACAAAGGAGUAUGUUUUUACACUCAUAAACAGAGUACAUAACUUGAAUUUGUGUUUAUUGCCAUCUAGUGGUGACAUAUGGAUCUGCAUUAGAUAUACACUGAGUAUACCAACCAUUAGGAAUGCCUUCCUAAUAUUGAGUUGCCACCCCCACCCCUCCCCCCAUUUUACCCUCAGAACAGCCUCAAUUCGUCGAUUCAUGAACUCUACAAGGUGUCGAAAGUGUUCCACAGGGAUGCUGGCCCAUGUUGACGCCAAUGCUUCCCACAUUUGUGUCAAGUUGGCUGGAUGUCCUUUGGGUGGUGGACCAUUCUUGAUACACACAGGAAACUGUUGAGCGUGAAAAACCAAGCAGUGUUGCAGUUCUUGACAAAAACCAGUGCGCGCACCUACUACCAUACACCGUUUAAAGGCACUUAAAUAUUUUGUCUUGCCCAUUCACCAUCUGAAUGGCACACAUACAGAAUCCAUGUCUCAAUUGUCUCAAAGCUUAAAAAUCCUUAUUUAACCCAUCUCCUCCCUUCAUCUACACUGAUUGAGGUGGAUUUAACAAGUGACUUCAAUAAGGGAUCAUAGCUUUCACCUGGAUUCACCUGGUCAGUCUAUGUCAUGGAAAGAGUUAGUGUUUUGAAUACUCAGUGUACAUUCUGUAGAGCUUUGUUUCAUCACGCACAUCGCACGCUAUGCCAAUUCUGUAGUAGUAGGGACUCAGCGAGAGUAGGCAGCUCCAACAACCAGCUCAGUGAGGAACUCAACCAGAAGAGCGUGAGUCACACUGGGAGGAAGCUUGGUCUCCAGGGCUGUGUUUCAUUCCAGGAAGAUCCCUCCCCCCUGCUCACACUAACCCUUUACAGUAACAAUGGUCAUCAAAAUUGGUAAAAGAUUUUUAAAACAAUUCUAGUGCCACACUGAUGCCACUACCCCCUCCUUGCCAAUGUCUGGUCACUGGUGUAGCCUACAAACUUCAUGUUGUACACAAAACUGUUCUAACUAUUGCAUUCCAUGCCUCAGUAAGCAUAAGCGUGAUUUCAUGUCAGUCAUAUCUUAUAUCAGAUAUAAGUAUUCUUUCCUUAAUGGUUUUUAAAGCAGGAAUUAUAGAAAGUGAUUUGAAUAAGAAAGACAUUGCCAUGGUAACACAUCCAUUACGCUCUUGGCAAAUAGUCAAGGGUUUGAAAGCUGGAGCAGGGCACAAUCUAACUGCUGAGAGAAACAAUUGCUUUAAUGCCAUUCUGUCAUCUUGUCUACCUCCUGUAAAGUACAUUAGUGCUUUCAUUUUGGAAUGUGGAUUUAUAAUACCUCUUCUUGUGCCAGAGACUAUAAGAUGCUGAUAUUCCAGUGUUAUAUUGGGGGGUCUAAGCAUUGUGCUGGAAGCUUAUUGUUUGUUUGAAUUUAGCAGAAUGUGUCUGUGCAUGCAUGUACCUGUAUGUGUUAACCUGUGUGUGUGUUCGUCUGUGUGUGUGUGUGUGUGUGUGUUUACUAAUCUCAUCUGCAUGUUCAUCCAGCUGCUGGCUUCGGCCCGUAAGGACUAUGAGAAGCUGCAGGAGGACCUGUCCAGGCUACAGGGGGAGAACGAGGCGGCCAAGGAGGAGGUGAAGGAGGUGCUGCAGGCCCUGGAGGAGCUGGCUGUUAACUACGACCACAAGAGCCAGGAAGUGGAGAACAAGAACCGCUCCAACAACCAGCUCAGUGAGGAACUCAACCAGAAGAGCGUGAGUCACACUGGGAGGAAGCUUGGUCUCCAGGGCUGUGUUUCAUUCCAGGAAGAUCCCUCCCCCCUGCUCACACUAACCCUUUACAGUAGCAAUGGUCAUCAAAAUUGGUAA